GAGAUUUCCGCAACAAUAAUGGCGUUGUACAGCUGUCGGCGGGCGAGGGGUAGUGGGAGUUCCUGAGAGCUGGGAGCGCUCCCCUCCCUUCCUUUGUGUGUCCUCCAACGGGGAGCAGGGGUACGAAAGCAACAGCCCAGGCUCAUCCCCGCUCAGCAUGCUCCCUGCAUCCCUGGUCCGGGACUGUGGGAGGCUGCGGGCCCCGCUGGGGCGGUGGUUGCUGGCGGGGCCGUGCAUCAGGUGGCGGCCGCAGCUCCGGGGCGGGGAGCGGACUGGGAGCCCCGCUGGGCUCCGGUUGGGUGCUGCCAUCUGCACCAGGGCGGGGGGGCUGAGCGCAGGGAAACACGGCGGGGACGGCAAGCACGUGUCGGUGCGGAGAGAUGAGAAAGAAGAAACGCUUGUGUCUGCUGUUGAGAGAGUGAAAGAAGCUGGAAGAGACUUUACCUACUUGAUUGUGGUGCUUGUUGGAAUUGGUGUCACAGGUGGUUUGUUCUAUGUGAUUUUUAAAGAGCUAUUCUCUUCUUCCAGUCCAAGCAAGAUCUAUGGAGACGCCUUAGAGAAAUGCAGAUCUCAUCCUGAGGUUAUUGGUGUUUUUGGUGAACCCAUUAAAGGUUAUGGAGAGGCAACGCGAAGAGGAAGACGACAGUUUGUCAGUCACAUUGAAUACGUAAAGGAUGGACUGAAACAUAUGCGAUUGAAGUUCUAUAUUGAGGGCUCUGAACCAGGAAAGCAGGGAACAGUCCAUGUGGAAGUCAAAGAGAAUCCUGAAACAGGAAGAUUUGAUGUCCGCUACAUAUUUGUGGAUGUUGAUUCCUAUCCUAGAAGAACCAUUGUCAUAGAAGACAAGAGAUAGCCAGUGAUCAAAGUUGCUGUCUCAUCUUACUGAGUAUUUAAUGAUACUGGUGUAGCCAGUUUACAUGUGAAUUGUGUAGUAUUCUUGAUUAUAUCUUUGGGGCUUUAUAUCUAUGCAGCUUUGGGGUUUUGUUACAGGAAGUAAACCCUCAGGGCCUCCAUUAAAGUCUUUCAUAACAACAGAUCCAUCAUUUGAGGAGAAACCAAUGAAAAUCAGUUCAGCCAUUUCUUAGGUAAAUACUUAUGACAUAAGAAAAUGUCUCUUAAUAAACUGUUUAAUGCUGGGCAAUAUUUGUACACCUAAUAACUGAGGGUUAGGUGGGGAAUUUGUCUUCCUCUGCUUGGAUUUCCUACCAGCUCUACAAUAAAGAAAGUGAUAUUUUAAGUGUAGACAGUUUUCAUUCUGGAUGCCUUUAUAGGUAACUAGUUAAAAUAAGAAUGUGUGAUAGUGAUGCAAAGGAGAUGUAUCUCAAAUGCAUCUAAGAAUAUGAAUUGUGAAGACCCACUUCCUCAGCAAAUGACUGAACAUAAAGACUUGAGUAUUGCUAUCUUCUAAAUAAACAGCAUCUUUACUA